UUUGUUUUCGUUACUCGUCCGCCUUCGACGUAUCGAUCGUCACGAAGAACUCAGCUGAAAUACUCUUCCCGAGAGAGUACCUCUAAUCUACCGCUGCCAACUCGACAGACUCGAAAUCAACUGGACCACCACCGCCCUUCAUCACCAUGUCAGGCCCUUCUCCAACAUACGUCACAUUCGACACUUCCGUCGGUUCAUUCACUGUCGAACUCUACACGGCCCAUGCGCCCAAGACAUGUAACAACUUUGCCAAGCUGGCGGAGCGAGGCUAUUACAACGGUGUCAUUUUCCAUCGAAUUAUCCCUAAUUUCAUGAUUCAAGGUGGUGACCCAACAGGAACGGGGCGAGGUGGAACCUCAAUUUAUGGCGAUAGGUUUGCCGACGAAAUCCACCCCGAGCUGAGAUUUGUUGGUGCGGGAAUCUUGGCCAUGGCUAAUUCUGGACCGAAUACUAAUGGUUCACAAUUCUUCAUCACAUGUGCCCCGACACCGUACCUCGACGGAAAGCACACGAUAUUCGGUCGAGUGUCUUCUGGUAUGAAGACCAUUCAGAGAUUAGAGGCUGUGCGAACGGACAAGGACGACAGACCAGUGGAGGAAAUCAAGAUACAUCGAGCGAGACUGGGUGACGCUACGCAAGGAGGAGGGCUGGCUGUCGCCAUGCCUGCUUAAGCGGGAAUAUGUAUGACAAAAUCAAAUGCUACCUUCAAACUACUGCCCUAUUCAUCAUUCUUCACUUCAAAUCCUUAGAAUCCAAGUAUUUCAUUGCUG